CAGAAACAUAACGUGAUGUUUGUCACGUGCAUUAUAAGGUUCCACUCCUCCCUUUUUUUUUUAUACUGUGUGGUCAGUCGAAACUACCACCUCAACUCGACAAUAGGUUAUGGCUUCCCUCGACCUCAGCUUUCUUUAAGACAAUCCAGAAACCAUCUAGAUACGUGAUUAUCACGUGCAGCCUAAAUGCUCCCCCACUGCGGGCCAUUUCAAUGCAUCUCUCAGUCCACGGCUGCAAUCGAACCAUUCAUACCUCAAGCUGCUACAGGCAUGUCACGACAAACAUCUGCACCAAGCCUCGAAUCAUCAGUUCCACGCAACCCAUGAGAAAAUCCCUAUCAAAAUUAACCAAAAGUCUAAACAUGGACGUCCUUUAUCCUGGCUCCCAAUCCCUCCCCCAAACCAGCACAACGGUUCUCGCGGGCGGCGCAACCAAAUCGAACCAAUGUGGUCACCUUGAACGAAUCAGCAUCCAAAUAGACCUGCGAUUGGUCCGUGCCGAGCCAGCCCUGCCGAGAUUCUCUGCCUCAGAGUGCGGCCCUCGUGAAGCAACUCCAAAACACCAAACGUCGAGGAUGGCGACAUCCUGGCGCCAAUCCCCACAACCCAACCUGCGACAUCCCCAGUUGGCACGGCCAGACCCUCACAAUGCAAGUGCGUGUGUUUCCGCCUCUCUUCGUUCCAAUUCUCGCUGUGGCUUCUCGAUCUGUCUGUCUUUCACUUUUUGUUUCCUCUAUUCUCUUCUGUACUUCUCACUUGUUCUUGCCAAGAACAGGCUUGCUCUUUCCAUUCAACGUCACUCCUUAUAGUUCGAGCCUGCCUACAGCGAGGCCUUUGCAGAGUUAAAUUAGACGCCGGUCGUCAUUGUUGGAGGAAGGCCAGCACAUCGAUCUUCGAAUCCGAGAAACGAGAACGAGCCUCCCGUCCAGAACGAUAGCAGCCGUCGUCCAAAAUGCAGGACAAGAUCCUCGCGACAUACGUCCUUAUGGACCUCCUUUUCGUCGUCUGCGGUGGAUUGCUGUUGAUCUUCGCGUUGGUUACGAAGUCGGAACUUACACAAACGCCCACGAUUCAGAAUGUUGCUACAGAUCUAUUACUCAACGUGUGCCCGUUGACAGGUGUGUAGCU